AUGAACGGAAGUGAUAUUUGUGAUAACUUUUUUGAAGAAACUUCACACGAGACAAGUGAUAAUGUAUCGUCGGUUAGUUCUAACAGUGGUGCCACUUCCACAACUUUUUCUGAUCAAUCUCGUAUUACAAAAAAAAACAAAUUAAACCAUCCAAAGUUCAGGUGGCAGUAUGCAAAGUCUAGUUGGGUGUGGAAGUACUUUACUUUGAGCAAAGAUAAAGAAUACUGUAUAUGUACAGUUAAAAUAACAAAGUUGAGUAAUAAGCAAGUUAAAUGUGGCUAUAAGCUUAUUUAUGAUGGCGGUACAGAAAAUAUGAGCAGUCACCUUCAAAUUAAACAUAACCUACACAAAAAACAAAAUAAA